AGCCCUAGGUCAGGCUGAUCGACCGAGGCUGGGUGAAGACCAACCCACUCCGUUGCUCUCUCUUUAUCCAUCUUCAGCUUCGGGAUUUCUCGGCUUCGCGACUCCGGAGAUCGCUAAGGGGCAGGCGCGAUGGUGUGCGAGAAGUGUGAGAAGAAGCUCGCGAAGGUGAUCGUCCCCGACAAAUGGAAGGAAGGAGCCAGCAACACCAACGAGAGCGGUGGCCGCAAGAUCAACGAGAACAAGCUCCUCUCCAAGAAGAAUAGAUGGACGCCUUACGGUACGACGAAAUGCAUCAUAUGCAAGCAGCAAGUGCACCAGAAUGCCAAGUAUUGCCAUACUUGUGCCUACACCAAAGGUAUCUGCGCUAUGUGUGGGAAGCAAGUGCUUGAUACAAAGCAAUACAAGCAAAGCAAUGUGUAAAAAACGACUUUGAUUUGGAUAUAGUGUAUGGAAUUUGCCCGUUUUCCCAAAAUGUCUAGUUUUUUGGUUUAUUAGCCUAAGGGAAUUGGGUACUUCUCCUUGUAAAUCAAGUCACUUGCGAUAUACUUUUACUUUUCACGUAAAGAUUGAAACCAUUAUUAGGACCAA